AUGCCUUCUCUCGAUGAGCCCAAGAACGAAGCCCGCCUUCUCCUCGUCUCCAACCGUCUGCCGAUCACCAUCAAGCGCUCCGAAGAUGGGAAAUACGACUUCUCCAUGUCCUCUGGAGGACUGGUCAGUGGCUUAAGUGGUCUAUCCAAGUCCACGACCUUCCAAUGGUAUGGCUGGCCGGGUCUGGAGGUGCCAGAACCCGAAAUCCCGAUCGUCAAGCAGCGUUUGAAGGAGGAGUACGGUGCCGUGCCCGUUUUCAUUGACGAUGACCUGGCAGAUCGUCACUAUAAUGGAUUCUCUAACUCUAUCCUCUGGCCGCUGUUUCACUAUCACCCGGGUGAGAUCACAUUUGAUGAAUCCGCUUGGGAAGCAUACAAGGAGGCGAACCGCCUUUUCGCGAAGGCCAUUGCCAAGGAAGUCCAGGAUGGCGAUUUGAUCUGGGUGCAUGACUACCACCUCAUGUUGCUGCCGGAGAUGCUGCGCGAGGAGAUCGGUGACAGCAAGCAGAAUGUCAAGAUUGGCUUCUUCCUGCACACUCCUUUCCCCAGCAGUGAAAUUUAUCGUAUCCUGCCGGUUCGCAAUGAGCUUCUCCUGGGCGUGUUGCAUUGCGAUUUGAUUGGUUUCCACACCUACGACUAUACUCGUCAUUUCUUGAGCAGUUGCUCCCGCUUGCUGGGUCUGGCGACAACCCCAAAUGGUAUUGAGUUCCAGGGUAAGAUCAUAACCUGCGGCGCCUUUCCGAUCGGUAUCGACCCCGAGAAAUUUAAGGAGGGCCUAAAGAAGGAGAAAGUCCAAAAACGUAUUGCGAUGCUGGAGCAGAAAUUCCAGGGCGUGAAGCUUAUGGUUGGCGUGGACCGCCUCGACUACAUCAAGGGUGUGCCGCAAAAGUUACACGCGCUGGAGGUAUUUCUCAGUGACCACCCAGAGUGGGUGGGAAAGGUUGUCCUCGUUCAAGUUGCUGUGCCAAGCCGACAGGAUGUCGAGGAGUAUCAGAACCUACGCGCUGUCGUGAAUGAGUUGGUCGGCCGUAUUAACGGCAAAUUUGGCACCGUCGAAUUCAUGCCUAUACACUUCCUGCAUAAGUCUGUCAACUUUGACGAGCUCAUCGCACUCUAUGCCGUGUCAGACGCCUGCAUCGUGUCAUCUACACGAGAUGGUAUGAACCUGGUCGCCUACGAGUACAUUGCCACGCAACAGAAGCGUCAUGGUGUCCUUGUGCUCUCCGAAUUUGCCGGCGCUGCUCAAAGUUUGAACGGAAGCAUCAUCGUCAAUCCCUGGAACACGGAGGAACUGGCGGGUGCAUAUCAAGAAGCUGUCACGAUGAGUGAUGAACAGCGAGCACUCAACUUCGCCAAGCUGGAUAAAUACGUGUCCAAAUACACAAGCGCAUUCUGGGGCCAGUCCUUUGUCACCGAAUUGACCCGCAUAUCAGCCCACUCGGCAGACAAAUUCCAAGCAACGAAGUUGGCUCUUGCUGAUAAUUCGACGGACGGCGAAGUCUCAGCCACGCCGUCCGAGAAGACCGCGUAA